CCCUUGUCCUAAAGUCGAGGACAGCCCCCUGCAGAUGUGCUAGUAACUGAUGAUGGCACGGAGGUUAUCUGAUGUUUAGGGUUACGCCCCUACAGCUUUACAGCAAAUGAGGCUGUUCAAUUAACCUCGAGACGAUGGCUGAACCUGCAGGAAUACCAGAGUAAAAAACUGAUGGCAGACCAUGGGGUUACAGUUCAGAGAUUCUUCGUGGCUGACUCUGCGAAUGAUGCCCUGGCGGCUGCUAAGAGACUAAAGGCAACAGAAAUCGUUCUAAAGGCUCAAAUCCUAGCUGGAGGGAGAGGAAAAGGUGUUUUCAAUAGUGGAUUGAAAGGAGGGGUCCAUCUAACUAAAGACCCUAAGGUUGUUGGGCAGCUUGCUGAACAGAUGAUUGGGUACAAUCUCGCAACAAAGCAAACUCCAAAGGAUGGCGUUAAAGUUAAGAAAGUGAUGGUUGCAGAAGCAUUGAAUAUUUCGAGGGAAACCUACUUUGCAAUUUUGAUGGACAGAGCUUCCAAUGGACCUGUGAUGGUUGGCAGCCCACAGGGAGGUGUUGACAUAGAAGAAGUGGCGGCUACUAGCCCGGAACUUAUCUUUAAGGAGGAAAUAGAUAUUUUUGAAGGUGUAAAGGACAACCAAGCAUUGCAGAUGGCAGAAAAUUUAGGAUUCAAAGGACCUUUGCAACAGCAGGCAGCAGAUCAAAUUAAGAAGCUGUACAACCUUUUCCUGAAAAUUGAUGCUACUCAGGUUGAAGUGAAUCCAUUUGGUGAAACUCCAGAAGGACAAGUUGUUUGCUUUGAUGCCAAGAUAAACUUUGACGACAAUGCCGAGUUUAGGCAAAAAGAGAUAUUUGCCAUGGAUGACAAGUCUGAGAAUGAGCCUAUGGAAAAUGAAGCUGCCAAAUAUGACUUAAAGUACAUAGGACUGGAUGGGAACAUUGCUUGCUUUGUGAAUGGAGCUGGUCUUGCUAUGGCAACCUGUGAUAUCAUUUCCCUUAAUGGUGGAAAGCCAGCCAACUUCCUGGAUCUUGGUGGAGGUGUGAAGGAAGCACAAGUCUAUCAGGCAUUCAAAUUGCUCACUGCUGAUCCUAAGGUUGAAGCAAUACUGGUCAACAUUUUUGGUGGUAUUGUGAACUGCGCCAUUAUAGCAAAUGGCAUUACCAAAGCCUGUCGCGAGCUUGAACUGAAGGUGCCUCUGGUUGUCAGACUUGAAGGAACGAAUGUUCAUGAGGCCCAGCGCAUUCUGAAUGAAAGCGGGUUACCAAUCACCUCUGCAAGGGACCUUGAGGAUGCAGCAAAGAAAGCAGUGGCUAGUGUGGAAAGCAAAUGACUCCUUGAAGAUAUUUGCCUGCAGAGGGUCUGUGAUUCACAAAAGUGACAUUCACAUUCUUGUUGCAGAGAGAAUUAUUAGGGUUCCUUAAAGCAGUCAUCAGUAUUGCUGAACUUACCUAUCUGACAUAUCCAGAGGGUACCAAAAUUAGUGAAUCCUCAAUCUGCAUAUUUCUGGAUUGAGAAAUAUGUUAAUUAACAUUUAAUUCCACAAAGUUCCUGGGGUUUUUUGCAUGUGUGUUUUUCCAAAAUAAUGCAGUUGAUGGGUUUGUGAAUAAGGUAUAGUCAGUAAUUUACUGACUCCUGUCAAUCGGGUUGUUCCCUAAUCCAACAAAUACUGUUUGCACAUUUUUUUGGAAAAACAUUUAAGUUCAUUUUUCAUAUCCUAAAGAGUCAGCAGGCAAAAGUAAAUCCUAAUAAUUGAUUGAUUGUAUUUUUAUGAAUUUUUUACAAUAACAAAAAAAAUCUGCUUGCAAUAAAUAUAUUUUUUCAGAUGUAUAGGAUUUGUUUUCUUCCUUAGAUAGUUUGUGGUGUAUCACACUCCAUGCCUUAACAUAUCAUCUUUGUAUUCAAAUACAAAAAGUAUACCUCACAUUAGGAAGAAAAAUUGAAUAUAUUAUUUGUGGUAGUGAAAGGACCUUCCAUUCUUAUACUGUACCAGUAAACAGAUGAAAUGUGAUUCAGUUGAUUGUGCUGGGCAUUGGAGGUGAAAUUAAGUAUAGUCCUUCCAAAUGUAACAGUGACCUACAGUAUCUAUGGGUAUAUGUAUGCAGUUAAUCUAAUGGCUGCCAACUUUUCAAAAUAAACUCUUUAAGUAAUAGGAGGUAUUUGAAUUCUGAAUAUUCAGCAUAACGUAUAAAUCAAUAGCAGCACUAUGUGAGUAAUAAAAAAAAAUUCUCAAAAUAGUCAUUUUAUUUCCAAAAAACAAUUUUGAUUUGCUGUUAAAAAAAAAACAAUUUUUCUUGUUCAAUUUUCACAAACAUUUGAAUGUUCAAGCUUUAGUAACACAAAUACUUUAGACAAGCAAAUUCUAAGUUGCAGUACUUGAAUAUCCACUAAAAAUCCAAUUUUGAUUGUGUAGUCAUUUGUACUGUUAUAAUAGUUCAAGCUGUUGAUUAUUCAAUCAGGGAACAGAAGAUACUAUCAUGUGGCUUGAGUAACUAACCAAUGCAGUACACAUUGCAGAGCACAAACUGCUGAAAUUUGUGAAUAAUUUUGAGUAAUGUACCAAUGAGAGCACGUCAUAAUCUGUUUCUGAACAAUUUGUAAAUGGGGAAAAAGGUAAAAUUUGUCUAAUAAAUUAUUCAUUGUGAAUUAUUUGCUCCGCUCUAAUCGACACUCUGCUUUAUUUGGAAAAAAAAUACUUUGUCAUUUAAAUUUGUGUUGACAUUUCCAUGGCAACAUUUAUAUUCAGAAAUGAUUUUUUUUAUUAAUCUAUGUAGAUAUACAAGUAAAGCUAGAUUCUGCAAUUACCUAAUUCCUCUUCCUUCAGCCUGUUGCCCAAGGAAACAAAUAUAUCAUCAUUAGAAUAGUGAUACUAGUGUGAGUUACUGUCCAUAUAAGAAAAUUACUAAUUCAAUUAAAGAUAAUAAGUAUUUGAUUAAUUUAAUGAGGUUCUGGUAAAUGAUUGUACGGUGGGCUACUUAAAAAAAAAAAAACA